AAAAAAAAACCUCGAGGGUCCAAAGAGAUAGCGGAUCAUAUAAGCAAUCUUCAGUGCCCUCCUUUCCCUUCCCAUUUCCCAACGAACAAGAAUAAAUGAACUCCACACUGCCAUGUGUAAAGAUUUAACCUCCGAAAAUAUUUGUCUUUCCCUUUAUCUCUCUCUGUCUGCACCACACAGACCGAAUUAUGAGAGUGUCUUGAAAUUAUGGCAAGAACGACUAGUCAGAAUCAGAAUGAAAAGAACAAGGUAGGCGCCUUCUUUUUAGCUACUUUAAUUCUGUGGUUCGUCUCAGUUUUGUUCGAGAUAUUCUUCAACAAGCGCACGGAGCUACUUUGGAUUGUUGCUGGAGCUUGCCUUUUCCAGAUUGCCAAUUGGGUCAUUCGAUCUUUUGUAUCCCGUGACCCUCUCUUUGUUAAUACCUCCGUUUCUCUCCUCCACUCCUCCAUCAUCUCCGUUUCAGUGGUUUCCAUUUUGGUAAAUCAGUGCUUAAAAAAUGGUUCCGAUGGGAUGUUUGAGCAUUCACAACUCGUUGGAGGUACAUGGGAGUGGGCGUACGCUGCUUUGUGCUUCUCAUGUGGUUAUUUUGCAUAUGAUCAGUUGGAUAUGCUGUUUUACCGAUUAUACAGUGGUUUGAUCCCCUCCAUCCUGGUUCACCACAUGAUACUUCUCGUUUGCUUUACUCUAGCUCUGUAUCGAAAUGUCACAAUCAACUACCUUAUUCUCACUCUGGUUUGUGAGCUGCAUUCAAUCUUUCUUCAUGUGAGGAAAGUGCGGCGGAUGGCUGGCAUCCGCAAUGCUAAGAGCACAAUUGUGAGGAUAGAAUGGGUUCUUAAUUGGCUCACUUUCAUUUUUGCAAGAUCCCUGACUCACAUCCUCAUCACCAUCAAGCUGGUUGCUGAUGCUCCCAAGUUUGAAAAGGGUGUGGAGUUGCCACUUGCUCUGUUUGGGAUGGCCGGAAUGAAUUUAAUCAAUGUUGGCCUCGGCAUUGAUCUGUUUAAUGCCUUCAAAAGAGAGAAAUCCUCAGAAAACAGUAAUCACCAUGGUGAAUGACUGGCAGAAUGGAGGGCAGAGGGAAUGCCUGGGUUGUAUCUGGUUUCUCCUUGAAAUUUUCUCAAUUUGUGUGAAUUGACUGUGCAUUGGAUUGUUAUUAGCUCACUGUAAAAUUAUGCACCGCCACCACAAGUGGAAGUGAUUUGUUUUCCACCAUUUGUCGAAACCACAUGGUAAUGUUGAUACAGGUUGUCCUUUCAAAAGAAAUCUCAAAUGUAAUGAUGUAUUCUUCCA